CGCUGAAGCGGGGCGGGGUUGGAGGGUUCUGCUCCGGAAGCACUGCCUAGGUGGGCCUGCUGGGGUCCCGAGUGCUACCGCGCACGUCUGCACCAUGGCGGCCAGGUUUGUGAGACGAUGGGACGCUGUGCGUGCAGCUGCCCGCAGCAGCCUGCUAGUGUCCUGUCGCAGGUGGUCCGGCGCCUCAACAGACACUGUGUACGACGUGGUGGUGUCGGGUGGAGGCCUGGUGGGAGCUGCCAUGGCCUGUGCCUUGGGAUAUGACAUUCACUUUCAUGACAAGAAAAUCCUGUUGCUAGAAGCAGGUCCAAAGAAAGUAUUGGAGAAAUUGUCAGAAACUUAUAGCAACAGGGUCAGCUCCAUUUCCCCUGGCUCUGCAACGCUUCUCAGUAGUUUUGGUGCCUGGGACCAUAUCUGCAACAUGAGAUACAGAGCUUUUCGGCGAAUGCAGGUGUGGGAUGCCUGCUCAGAGGCCCUGAUAAUGUUUGAUAAGGAUAAUUUAGAUGACAUGGGCUAUAUCGUGGAGAAUGAUGUCAUCAUGCAUGCUCUCACUAAGCAGCUGGAGGCUGUGUCUGACCGAGUGACGGUUCUCUACAGGAGCAAAGCCAUUCGCUAUACCUGGCCUUGUCCAUUUCCUAUGGCAGACUGCAGCCCUUGGGUUCAUAUUACCCUAGGUGAUGGCAGCACCUUCCAGACCAAAUUGUUGAUAGGUGCAGAUGGUCACAACUCAGGAGUACGACAGGCUGCUGGAAUCCAGAAUGUGAGCUGGAACUAUGACCAGUCUGCUGUUGUGGCUACUCUGCAUUUAUCAGAGGCCACAGAAAACAACGUAGCCUGGCAGAGAUUUCUUCCUUCUGGGCCCAUUGCUCUGCUCCCGCUCUCAGACACCUUGAGUUCCUUGGUUUGGUCCACAUCCCAUGAACAUGCAGCAGAGCUAGUUAGCAUGGAUGAGGAACAAUUUGUGGAUGCCGUUAACUCCGCCUUUGAAGUUCCUAGUCAAGUGAGGAAGACCAUAAAUGACAAUGUCAGUAGUGAUAGAAGUAUGUAUAGGAUGCUGUGGAAGCAUACAGGAGGAAACGGAAAAUGGAGUGAUGCUGACCACACGGACUUCAUCGACACAGCUGGCGCUAUGCUGCAAUACGCUGUUGGCCUUCUGAAGCCCACUAAGGUCUCGGCUCGCCAGCUGCCCCCAAGCGUAGCAAGGGUGGAUGCCAAAAGCCGAGUUCUGUUUCCUCUUGGGUUGGGACAUGCUGCUGAGUACGUCAGGCCUCGGGUGGCACUCAUUGGGGAUGCAGCCCACAGAGUCCAUCCGCUUGCAGGACAAGGUGUCAACAUGGGCUUUGGGGAUAUCUCCAGCUUGGCCCAUCACCUCAGUACAGCAGCCUUCAAUGGGAAGGACUUAGGCUCCAUGAGCCACCUCACAGGUUAUGAAACAGACAGACAGCGUCACAACACUGCUCUUCUGGCUGCUACAGACUUAUUAAAAAGGCUCUAUUCCACCAGUGCUGCCCCGCUUGUGUUGCUCAGGACGUGGGGCUUGCAGGCCACAAAUGCAGCGUCUCCACUCAAGGAACAGAUUAUGGCCUUCGCAAGCAAAUGAGUACUCCUCUUCUAAAGAUUAUGUUGAUGAAAAAGAACAUCCUGCCACAAGACCAUCAUACAUAUUUUCAAGAUCUAAUUUAAUAAAUUUACUUUACAUUAGAAUUCUUUUUCUUCUUUAUUUAAUGGGCCUGUGGCACCCAAAUAAUGACAGUUUGCUGUGAGGAGAGUAUAUUAGCCAGACCAAAGGUAAAAACUUCGAAGGAAGACUCUUACAAUUUGGUUGAAAAGAGCUUUUUAUUACUAAAACAAC